AUGUACCGCGACGGCUUCCUCAUACUCAAGGACGUCUCGAUGCGCUCGAGCAUGGGCAAGCCCAUCAUCGUCUUCGUCGUCUUCCAAGAGGGCGUCCUGAGCUUCUACUCGGACAAGGGCGGCAUCUUGCUCGGCAGCCUCGCGCUGCCUGGCCGCAUCACCAAGGUCAAGGCCGAGUGCGACGUGCCCACGCAGCUGCCGCAUCGCUUCACCGUUGCAUCGACCGAAGUCACGCGCAUCGAAGGCCGCCGUAUCAAGCUCGGCGAGACGCGGACGCUCGAGCUCAGCGCGCCGACACACGACCUCAUGAAGGAGUGGGCCAAUUCGGUCCACCUCUGGCGGCGCAUGAACUGGAAAGACGACGUCACGUUCUUCGAGUCAUACGAGCGCAUGGAGCACACGGAUGAGCGCUCGCUCUUGCGCAUGUUCUUGAAGAUGGGGCCAGAGCCGGACGCGACGCGGCCACGGUCGCGGUCACGCAUCAAGAUGCUCUCUCCGAUUAUCAAAGCGUUCAAGCGACGAACGAUGACCGCAUAG